AUGGACAUUGGCGAGGGAAUUAGUGACGUCACCGACAAGUCCAGCACGCGGGCAAGGGAUGCAAUACGUAGGGUGAUGCACAGUGUGCAGUCGUUGCACGUGCACGACAGUUCUUCCAUCACCAGUGUUGCCCCUGAACACACUUUUGGGACAAGUAUAAUGAAUGGGCUCAAGUGGUGCUGCGUGGAGAGAUGCCCCAAGUUGGAUACUGUCUUCGCCACUAACUAUUACUGGAGAUGCUUUAAUAAUUUGGAAAUCUUUUGGGCGGCUCAUCUCUUGAUGGCCCGUUCUGUUUGGAGCAGACCAAGAGAUCUAAGUUUGGAUCCACGUGAUUCAUCAUUUAGACGACUGCGGGCUAUUCAUCUGCACUUCUGCCCGAGGCUCAGAUAUGUCCUCCCGAUGGCUUCGAACAAUACCUUAUCCAAGGUGCUGGAGACUCUCCACAUACACUGCUGCGGUGAUCUCAAGCAGGUCUUCCUCGUGGAGCAAGAGUUCCUAGAGAAAAUAGCGGCCAGACAUGAAAAAGGCAUGCUGGGAUUCCCAAACCUCAAGAGCCUAUACCUGUAUGAUCUCAUCAGUUUGCAACAGAUCUGUGAGGCAAAGAUGUUUGCUCCCAAGCUCGAGACCAUCCAUAUCAGAGGUUGCUGGGGCCUGAGGCGUCUCACGGCCACUGACAGUCGCCGCCGUGAAGAUGGCCGCCCUGUGGCCGUGGACUGCGAGAAGGAUUGGUGGGAUAAGCUGGAGUGGGAUGGGAUGAAGUCUGGCCACCACCCCUCCCUCUUCCAGCCGAGCCAUUCCAAGUACUACAAGAGGCGUCACCUGAGGAGCACGGUUCUCCGCUGA